AUGUUCGGUGUCCUCACAUUUUCCUGCCUGCGACGUGAUCCCUUUCUCAAUGAAAAGCCGUCUCUAGGCUGCAAUGACAGUUUCAUCCCCAAAGCAACAGCAAACGGUGAGCGAUCGAUCCCACCUCCAGCCGGCCAAGCCAACCCUACCUGGGCCGACCUGUCCCCACCUGAGCCAGUGCCAAGCCGGCAGUAUGUGCCCCUAACGCUGCAGCGGAGGAUCUCCCGGGGGGCCGGCAACCUGACUGCCAAUGAGUCGCAACGUUCCGGAGCUGCUGCUGAAUAUGUUCCGGAAAAGGUGAAGAAAGCGGAAAAGAAAUUGGAAGACAAUCCGUAUGACCUUGAUGCAUGGAGCAUUCUCAUUCGCGAGGCACAGAAUCAGCCUAUAGACAAAGCACGGAAGACAUAUGAGCGACUUGUUGCCCAGUUCCCGAGCUCUGGCAGAUUCUGGAAACUUUACAUUGAAGCAGAGGUAAAAGCUAAAAAUUAUGACAAAGUUGAAAAGCUGUUCCAGAGGUGCCUCAUGAAAGUCUUGCACAUAGAUCUGUGGAAAUGCUAUGUGUCCUAUGUGCGGGAAACCAAACGGAAACUGCCAAGUUACAAGGAGAAAAUGGCACAGGCGUAUGACUUUGCGCUUGAUAAAAUUGGCAUGGAAAUCAUGUCCUAUCCGAUAUGGGUCGACUACAUUAAUGCAAUGAUAGCUGUGUGUGUGGCCAGCUUCACAUGGGUCAGUUCAACUCUAUCAGUCUGCGCUUCUCUUGAUGGAUCCAGUUUUAAGGUUUUACAUUUCUUCCUAUCACAGGACAUGAACAACGCUAAACUGUUCAGCGAUGAAGCUGCCAAUAUCUAUGAGCGGGCAAUCAGUACACUUCUAAAGAAAAACAUGUUGCUGUAUUUUGCCUACGCAGACUACGAAGAGAGCCGAAUGAAGUAUGAAAAAACACACAGCAUAUACAACAGAUUACUCGCCAUAGAAGAUAUAGAUCCCACCUUGGUCUAUAUUCAGUACAUGAAGUUUGCUAGGAGAGCUGAGGGCAUCAAAUCUGGGAGAAUGAUUUUCAAGAAAGCCAGGGAAGAUCCCAGGACCCGUCAUCACGUUUACGUCACUGCAGCCUUAAUGGAGUAUUACUUUAGCAAGGAUACAUCGGUGGCCUUCAAGAUUUUUGAGUUAGGACUAAAAAAAUAUGGAGACAUCCCUGAAUAUGUCCUUGCCUACAUAGAUUAUUUGUCUCACCUUAAUGAGGAUAAUAACACAAGAGUAUUAUUUGAACGAAAAAUCAGGGUGAGUCUGAAUAUAAACUUCGUAUAUGGAAGGCCAGUCAUAGAAACUGCAGUGAGAGACGACAGUCUCAAGUCACGAACCUUCCCCUGCGCAGCCUUAAGCCUUUUGCUCUACACUGUCAUUGAGAUUUGGGCACGCUUCCUGGCCUUUGAAAGUAACAUUGGAGAUUUAGCUAGUAUACUGAAAGUGGAAAAAAGGAGAUACACAGCAUUCAAGGAGGAGUAUGAAGGGAAGGAGACAGCACUUCUUGUGGAUAGAUACAAAUUUAUGGACUUGUACCCCUGCUCCACAAGUGAACUGAAAGCUUUGGGAUACAAGGAUGUAUCGAGAGCCAAACUGGCAGCACUAAUCCCAGACCCUGUGAUAGCUCCAUCCAUAGCCCCUUCGCUGAAGGAUGAUGUUGACCGAAAACCAGAGUAUCCCAAACCUGACACGUCCCAGAUGAUCCCUUUCCAGCCGCGACAUUUAGCUCCACCUGGACUCCAUCCUGUUCCUGGCGGAGUAUUCCCAGUCCCUCCAGCUGCAGUGAUCUUAAUGAAGCUGCUUCCUCCCCCCAUUUGCUUCCAGGGCCCAUUCGUACAGGUUGAUGAGAUUAUGGAAAUCUUGCGGAGGUGCAAGCUGCCGGACACAGUGGAAGAGGCGGUGAGGAUCAUUACAGGAAGCCAGGCAGAGAUGAACAUGGAGGGGAACGGACCAGUUGAAGUCAACACACUACUAAAUAAAUCUGUGAAAAGACCCAACGAGGAUUCCGACGAUGAAGAAGAGAAGGGGUCUGUGGUUCCUCCCGUCCAUGAUAUAUACAGAACCCGGCAGCAGAAGAGAAUCCGGUGAAGAUUUUGCUUUUCUUUAAAAUUACAGAAAAAAAAAUUCCAAACAAGAAACUUUUUAUCGAACAUUUCUGCCAUCAAACCUUGCGCCAUAAGAACCUCCAUAUUGUUACGAGCGUCAGACUAAUCUGUGUUCUUGUGGUGCGGCUAAAAGGUUUCUGGUGUUAUCAACAACAAAUACUAUUACUGUUGGUUUUUUUCCCCUUGAAGAGGGAGCGGAUGGAAACAUGUAAA